AGGAGGAAGAGGAGGGGGACGAAAUCGACGCUGAUUGAAACAAAUAAACAAACAAACAGCCUCCCCCGCUUGAACCCCCCGCGCUCCCAGCGAAAGCCGCAGCCACCAAGGACGACUAGCCCAGUCAGUCGUUCCCCACCGGAUCCGAUAAGCCUGUGCAACUUCGGCGGGCUGCCUCCUCUCCAGCUCAGAGCUCUUGAAUGGGUCCGGCGGGGCUGUCCUCCGCUCCAAGCUGAGCGCCGCCUCGGCCAUCAUGCACAAUGGUGACAACCUGGCUCGUCCUGCUGAGUCUCUUGCAGGCGCCGGGCUUCCUCGGGUUGGCGGCUGUCGAGCUGCCUCCGCCGUCUCCUGCCUGUGCCCGAGAAGGAGAAGCGUGCGACCCGCGCUGGCGCAGAGAUGCCGGCGGCCGCGGCGGCGUUUACGAGCAUCUCGGCGGAGCGCCCCGGCGGAGGAAGCUCUACUGCGCCACUAAGUACCACCUUCAGAUCCAUGCCAACGGCAAAAUCAACGGCACCUUGGAGAAGAACAGCGUCUUCAGUAUUCUGGAAAUAACCGCAGUGGACAUUGGGAUUGUUGCUAUCAAAGGCUGUUUUUCGGGCAGGUACCUGGCCAUGAACAAAAGAGGUCGACUUUAUGCUUCAGAAACCUACAACGCAGAAUGCGAGUUUGUGGAAAGGAUCCAUGAGUUGGGCUACAACACCUAUGCAUCCCGCUUAUAUCGGACUGUACCCAAUGGCACUAGCAGCAAACGCAAAGCUAGUGCAGAGAGACUCUGGUAUGUCUCCAUCAAUGGGAAAGGACGACCCAGGAGGAGCUUCAAAACCCGUAGGACCCAGAAAUCAUCUCUCUUUUUGCCUAGGGUGUUGGAUAACAAAGACCAUGAUAUGGUCCAACUAUUCCAUACAAAUGCUAAGUACAGAGAAAGCCUAUUGAAGCCACUAAAUAAGAACCAGAGAAGAAGGAGAGGACAGUAGGAAGCAUUCUGCAAGUGGGGAAAAUAUGAUGGAUCCGAAGACAAAAAAAAAAAAGUUACCCUUCCUUGGAUAUUGUUGGCUAAACCAUAUGAACUCAGUAACAAAUGAUUCCAUGUAAACACACACACACACACACACACACACACACACACACACACACAAAUAAAUAUACUUGCUAAUAGAUGGUUUAGAUGUGUAUCCAAUUGCUAAGGAUAUAUAAUAAAUUAAAGCAUGCUUGCAUGUACGUUAUCAUGAUGAAAUAAUGAGUUUGAGUAUUCCUUGUCAGUUUCUUAAUUUUUUUAAUGCCCUGGGAGCAUUUCAGCCUAGUCCAUAACAGGCCUGUCACUUUGUUCUAAUAAGCUUUUAAUUAAUUAUGUUUAGGCAAAGCUACCUGUGAGAAGACAGUUAUUUUAGGGGGAAAAAACCUUUCCUUUCUCCAUCAAAACAGGCUAGACACUCUAGUGAGAUGUUUACUCUUUGUAUUUUUCAUUUAUUAAAAAUAAUACUUUAAAGUAUGUUGCCCAGUUAAUUUGGGAAUGUCUACUAACUAAGUAUUUUUAAAGUAAUUUCACAUAUCUUAUUAAUCAUUAAAGUUGGAACUUUGGAUAUUAGAUGAAAAUAUUACAUGUUCUUUUCUUUCCCAAUUAUAAACAAUUAGAGAAAGAUCUGCUUUAUUAUGUAUACUCGUUUUCAUUUCUUUUCUUCAUUUUACUGAACAGUAAGGUAUCAAAUACCAUAUACUGCUCUUUAUACUAAUAUAAGAUGUUAAGCGGAGAAAGUUUUUGAAAUUACAAGAGACAAUUACCAAGAGACAAUUACCAAGAUCUUGGGUGUUUUUUAAAAGGAUGUUUUGUUUGACUAAAAUUUGUACAUACAUUUUCCUUACUUAAGAAAGUAUAGAAAAUAUUUUUUUCAAAACAUAUUGCUUCAGUAGAACAAGUAAACAAAAUAAUUAAACACA